GCCUCGCCUGGCUACAGCCGCAGCUGCUUAUUAGGAAGCGCUCCUGCUCGCACUUUCUCUUGUCACGUCCUUCCCCUUCCCAUUUCUUCACGAGCACAUACCUCUACUAGGUAGCUAUUCACUUUCCCACUCGCUCUCGAGUGCGGUGUUGAGGUCAUCCACCUCUCCCGCCCCAAGCGCAUCUCGUCGCAUAUCCGCCAGCAAUUUGCUUCCAAUAGUCGCAAUGGCUGAUAAAGUAACGUUCGAGUGUACCGCCCAGCCAGACGAUGAAGUUUCCCACCCCACCCCACGCCCUGGCGCGACGAUCAGGUUUGGCAGUGUCGGCGAUGAGGAGGCCGGCAGACGCGACACGGUCCUCAGGUUGUCCCGGACCGCUUCGAACAUAUCAUCCACAUCAAUUGGCUCCAUGUCAAGCAGAAGACGUCGAAAUUCAAUCGAUCCCGCAACAGCCUUUCCGAUCACUUACAGAACCGUCUCGUACGCCAUCGAAGAGACGAAAGAGAAGGAGCGCGUUGAGGUAGUAAAGGCAAAGAAGGAUGCUGCUGCAGAGCUGGGUGAUUUGCAAUGGCACACUUGGUCCGUCAAUGAGGUCAAGACUCGACUUUCGACAUCCCUUGAGCAAGGUCUUUCGAAGGAGCAAGUUGAGCGAAAGCAGAAGGAGUUUGGAAAGAACACGCCCUCCAAACCGCCGAGUGAUUUGUUUUCACGAGUUAUGGGAUAUAUGUUUGGUGGCUUUGGCUCUGUUCUGCUGAUCGGUGGUGUUCUGGUUACGGUCACCUACAAACCUCUCGGAAAUCCAAAUCCUCAAAUCGCCAACUUAGCACUGGCCAUUGUUCUUUAUGCCGUUUUCGUUAUUCAAGCGUUAUUCAAUGCUUGGCAAGAUUGGUCUUCUUCUAGGACUAUGGCCUCGAUUUCCGGAAUGUUGCCAGAUAACUGUUCUAUAUUGAGAGACGGAAACCGUGUCGAGACAGCUGCCGUUGAUUUGGUUCCUGGUGAUCUCCUUUACAUCAAGUUUGGCAACAAACUUCCAGCAGACGUUCGAUUCAUCGAAGUUUCUUCAGAUGCCAAAUUCGACCGAUCUAUCCUUACCGGGGAGUCUCAACCGGUCCCCGGAUCUAUCGACUAUACGGACAAGAACUACCUCGAAACCAAUAACAUUGGUAUGCAAGGAACCCAUUGUAUCUCUGGUACUGCCAUUGGUAUUACCGUUUCGACCGGUGACAGCACUGUCUUUGGCAAGAUCGCUCGAUUGACGAACACCCCAAAGACUGGCAUGACUCCUCUACAAAAGGAGAUUUUGAGGUUCAUCAUCAUUAUCUGUUCGUUGAUGAUAUUCUUCAAUAUCGUGGUGAUUAUCUGUUGGGGUGCUUGGCUGCGAAAGUCUCACCCUACCUGGAUCAAUGUUGCUGGUCUCAUCGUCGAUGUCGUGACCGUAGCGGUUGCGUUCAUUCCGGAAGGAUUGCCAAUUGCUCUCACUGCUUCGCUGACGAUCACUGCCAACAUUAUGAAGAGCAAUCAAGUCCUUUGCAAGUCUCUCAAGACGGUCGAGACUCUUGGAGCAGUCUCUGUCAUUUGUUCUGAUAAAACCGGUACCUUAACCAAGGUAGAUUUCUCCUUCAGUUUCUCUCAGCGGACGCUAAUCCUCUACCAGAACCAAAUGUUUGCUACUGGGUGCUCUAUAGCCGCUCUCAAAAUGACUCCAGUAGAAGCCCGCGACAUAAUGGUCAAAGACGAAAAAACCAAUGCGGUUUCCCAGCUUCGAGCUUGUGCUGGCCUCUGCAAUGCAGGAGAAUUUGACGCUGCGACAAUAGAUCUUCCUUUAGAUCAGCGGAAAAUUGCUGGCGAUGCAACCGAUCAGGCCGUGUUAAGAUUGUCGGAGAGUUUGGGCCCAGUCCGCGACCUACAAUUGCUUUGGAAGAAAACCUUCGAGUUGGCGUUCAACAGCAAGAACAAGUUCAUGAUCCGCACCUUGGCUUUGGCAGACCCUGCUGGACUCAGAUUUGCACUCGCACCCAGCGAAGCUGAAGCUUGGAAAUUGGACGAUCUUCUUCUGAUGAUCAAGGGUGCUCCGGAUAUCAUUGUCGAGCGCUGCACUACUUACAUCGGAGAGGAUGGCGAAGUUCACCCGCUGGAUAUCUCAAUGAAGACUGUGAUUGAGGAUAUCAAGAACCAGUGGUCCAGCCAAGGCAAGCGCGUCAUCCUUCUCGCCAGAAAGAUUCUCUCCGGUCAUCAAUCUAUUCAUUUCCCCGAGCACAAUACCUUCGAAUCGGAAAUCACUACCCAGGCUUCCAGCGAUUUGACUCUCAUUGGUCUUGUCGGAAUCGUCGACCCUCCCAGAACUGAGAUUCCGGAGGUCGUCCGCAUACUCCGCCGAGCUGGUAUCAGGAUCUUUAUGGUCACUGGUGAUUUCAAGCUCACGGCCCAAGCAAUCGCCAAGGAGUGUGGUAUUAUCACCAAUGCUCCCGACAUGGUUCAUGAUAUCGGUAUGCUCUCUAGGGUUCCCGUCGAGGCAAAAGAGAUCAGCCCGAAUAUCUCUGAGAAAGAGCUUGAGGAGAUUGGCGGUCCAGCGACUUCGAUUACACUCAGCGGUCCGGAAUUGAUCACACUCAACGAUUGUCAAUGGGACCAGCUUUGCAAAUAUGAUGAGAUUGUUUUUGCUCGUACCACUCCGGAACAAAAGCUUCGUAUUGUGAAAGAAUUCCAGAAGCGUGAGAACAUUGUAGGUAUGACCGGAGAUGGUGUAAACGACGCGCCAUCCCUGAAAGCAGCAGAUAUCGGUAUUGCGCUCGGUUCCGGAUCUGACAUUGCCAUCGAGGCCUCUGACAUGGUUCUCCUUGACUCCUUCGGAGCAAUCGUCGAGGCUGUUAAAUAUGGUCGUGUUGUUUUCGACAACUUGAAGAAGACAAUCAUCUACCUCCUCCCUGCCGGUACUUUCUCUGAGUUCUGGCCCAUCAUUACCAGCGUUAUCCUCGGUCUCCCGCAGAUCUUAUCCUCCUUCUUAAUGAUCAUGAUCUGUUGUCUUACGGAUUGUGCAGCUGCCACUGUUCUUGCAUACGAGAAGCCCGAAGCAGACUUGCUCCUACGAAAGCCAAGAAAUCUCAAAAAGGACAAGCUUGUUGACUGGAAACUCAUGUUCCAUGCUUAUAUAUUCCUCGGCCUUCAAGAAACUAUCUGCUCGUUCGCCAUGUCAUAUUGGUAUUGCCAGCGCAGAGGUGUCCACUUCUCUGCUCUUUGGUUGGGAUAUGGCGAAUAUCCAGCUAGCUACGAUGUCAACUAUGUCAACAAGGUCCUGGCUGAGGCUUCGUCGAUUUACUUCGUCAACUUGGUCAUUAUGCAAUGGUUCAACCUGUUCGCAACCCGUACUCGUCGCCUCUCGAUCUUCCAACAGCCACCAAUCUUCAACAAAGCCACUCAAAACCUCGCUCUCUUCCCAGCUAUUCUGUUCGCGCUGGUCGUCAUCUUUAUAUUCUUGUAUAUUCCGGGUCUGACUACCGCGAUCAACUCGAGUAAGAUCCCGGUGGAGUACUUCUUCUUUCCUGUUGCGUUCGGCAUGUGGUUGCUGUUUACGGACGAGGUUAGGAAGUGGUGGUGUAGGAAGUACCCUAAGGGGUUGGUUGCCAAGAUGGCGUGGUAGUUUUAAGGUAUCUUUUUCGUUUGGGGCAGUAUGGGUGUACUGCAUAGCGUGGCAUUUACUGGUGUUAUUGAGGCGGUCUUUAGAACGAGGUCGGAGUGCAUUUGAUUAGGUGGUGUUAUAGAGGAUGACUACGUGUUUUUGUGGUAAAAUUACAGAGUAUAGAAUUGUAGAUUUGGGGCCGGGCGGUAUUACAUGUGUGGUAUAGAUACUGGUAAAUGCUGUCAGAGUGAGGAGGUAUAUGCGAACCUAGAAAUAGAAAUAGAAAUAGAAAUCAAAGCUGGUUAUAAAUUAUCCGACAGGAGAAGGUCAGCACUAUCCUAAAGCUGAACUUCACCUA